AAAACGGCAACGAUUAAGUCUCUUUAGAAAGGUCUUUGAGAAGUGCCAUAAACGACACUAUACAGUAAUCGAAGGAACCAAGAAACGGUCUCAAUCUUAUUUUCAGCGAUGGCGAUGUCAAUUCUAAAGCUAAGAAAUUUAUCGGCACUAAGAUCGGCGGCAAAUAGUGCCCGGAUCGGAGUUUCAUCGAGGGGUUUCUCAAAGCUCGCGGAAGGCACUGACAUAACCUCGGCGGCGCCUGGCGUUUCUCUCCAGAAAGCUCGCAGCUGGGACGAAGGUGUUUCCUCCAAAUUCUCCACCACGCCAUUGUCAGAUAUCUUCAAGGGGAAGAAAGUCGUCAUCUUUGGUCUUCCUGGGGCUUACACGGGAGUUUGUUCACAGCAGCAUGUGCCUAGCUACAAGAGCCACAUUGAUAAGUUUAAAGCCAAAGGCAUUGAUUCUGUCAUCUGUGUCUCUGUUAAUGAUCCCUUUGCUAUCAAUGGUUGGGCAGAGAAGCUUGGUGCCAAAGAUGCAGUAAGUUCAUCGAUUUUUUUUUUGUUCCUAUCUUUGUUCUUUGACACCAACCUAAUCCGAUGUUUAGUGUAUGCUGAUUUGGUUCUUUGCUUCAGAAAACUUGAUUUGCAACAUAACAUAUAUUAUUCGGUUCCUGGUUUCGUUGUCUAAGAGUUUUCAGUGGUGAAGAUGGUUCAUUUAGGAAUCUUUUAACUCCUCAAAUUGAGUUUUAUGGAGAUUUUGAUGGGAAAUUUCACAAAAGCUUGGGGCUAGACAAGGAUCUCUCUGCUGCAUUGCUCGGGCCACGGUCUGAGAGAUGGUCGGCUUAUGUAGAAGACGGGAAGGUUAAGGCGGUGAAUGUGGAAGAAGCACCGUCUGACUUCAAGGUUACAGGGGCAGAAGUCAUCUUAGGACAGAUCUAAAAAGUAUUUCCAGAGUUGCUGUUUCUUCUGAGUUGCAACUGAUAAUAAGUUUGAUCCGAACAUGUCUCAAGGAUCAGACCAAGUAACAGCUUCACUUCUUUUGUUUUGUUUCCACAGUUUCAGUUUAAAUAAAACUUAUGUGUCUUGCCGUUUCUCACCAAAUGUAAAUCUGGUUCAUAAUAUGAAUAAGAAACCAAUGUGGUUGAGGGAUAUGAUUUUUCGUGUCCCCAUUGUCAACAUGAAGGUUAAGACUCCUCUGCUUAAUCCUAAGUCUCCCACUCGUGUUCUUG